AUGACUAUUCACGGUAAUAAAGCUGAUAUUAAAAAUGUUGAUAUGUCAGAAGAGAUGCAACAAGAUGCUAUUGAUAUUACAAUGCAUGCAUUAGAACACUACAAUAUUGAAAAAGAUGUAGCUGCAUAUAUAAAAAAAGAAUUUGAUAAAAAAUAUAAUCCAACAUGGCAUUGUAUUGUGGGCAGACAUUUUGGUUCAUACAUUACGCAUGAAACAAAGCAUUUCAUCUAUUUUUAUUUGGGACAAUUAGCCAUUUUGCUAUUCAAAUCUGGUUAA